AUGAGGUCUCGCACCGCUGCGAAGGUUUCCGGCAUCGAUGGAAGCCAGGGCUUGACCACGGUACGCGUCGGGGAGCCUGUGUGCACCGGAUUCAAUGGCUUCUCCCUCGGUGCCGGAGCCAAUGGUGCCAACGUCGGCACUUGCACCCUAAGUCAUUCUGUAACUGGACGCGACUCCGAGGUUGGCCUCAGGGAACUUGAAGCCGUCUUCUCGACUCCCGUGCCUCCUUGGGGUAAUUGGGCAGCUCCAGGGGGAAACGAGCCCAUUUGGCUAACAAAUGGCGACUCCGCCGGGACUUCUCUCCCUGUAGAGGGCACUGACCGACGGCCGAGGGCGAUUCCGAGGAGUGGCCACCUCGAGCGGUUGGUUUGCUCGGGCCUCGGAUCGUCACAAUCGGCCGGGGCGGCUGUGUCCUCUCUAAAGAGAACUCUGAAGGACACGGAAGCAAGACGGCUUCAGAAGAAGGGGAAGUCUGACUGCCGGACGCGGCCACUUCGGGCGGCUCUUCCCUUGGACCAGACCGUGCAUCCGUUCCGGAUCGGUGACCAGGUCCUUGUCAAGAAGUGGAAACGCGACCCCCUUACGCCAAGGUGGGACGGUCCACACACCAUUUCGCUCAUCAGCCAGGCCGCAGUUAAAAUUCUCGGGAGCGACAAAUGGACACAUCACACCUGGGUAAAGCGGUUUCUGAAUCCUGACCAGGGAACCAAUCCCACGGACGAGGACACCGGCCCUCUGCCCACCCCGGCCCCGGAAGCCCGGGGUGGCACGGGCGAAGACACCGUCUGGGAGUAUCAAGGACUCGAUGGGCUAAAAGGACUGUUUAGGAAAAAGCAAUAAUGAACUCAUUAUUGAUAUUUCUGUUCAUAGGUGUCUAUCACGGCUAUGGUUGGGAGAAUAGGUUUAUACAACUGGGAGAAACAAUAGCGAGUUCCUUCAAUCUUAGUAGCUGCUGGGUUUGUGGAGGUCCAGGGGAUUGGAAUGAAUGGCCUUGGGUAGCACAGCCAGUGCAAGCUAAAUGGUGGAUCAGUAAUUUAAGUAUAGUCCACAAAGGAACAGAAGUUUGGGAUGAGGAUAGUAACCCUUGGUGACUCUAUUCCUCUGAGAUGGGGAUCCUUUGUCUAAACCGAACAAAACAAGAAGGGGUAUAUGUGGGCAAAAGCCGAUGUGACUGGACCCUAUCUCUAGGAUUUGACUGCUAUGAUCACCCUAGUUGCCAUACGUAUGACUGUUCUAAAUAUCAAGGACGGUGGAACCAUACCCACGUAAAACUCACUAAUCAUAGCUGGGUAAGUUGUUCCUACCAACAGCAUACCGGCAAGGGCUGUUAGGCAGUUGGACAAGAUGGGUUCUUUGAUGCCCUCUUUCUAAGUUGCCAGCGAGAUAAUACCGACAGUAAGGAUCACGUGGUACGCUGGUAUCAGUGGGCAUGGCAACAUUCUAAUGGAACUCGAGUAACCCAUUUUAAUCAUUUUUGGUCUACUACCAAUAGCCCUAAAUUUGGUUGUAAUUGCGCUUGGAAGGAAGGGGCUGGGCCUUGGAAAUGUGACUAUUGUAAUCCUGACGGUACAUCUAUUGUAUUAGGGGGACCCCUGGAGAUGGGUAACUCUUUGUAUUACGAAGAACCGGGCCCCGAGGACUAUCCCGAAACCUGGGAUGGCCCCUUUGCGAAUGGACAAUGGGCCCUAAAAGGCCAUUACUGGAUAUGUGGGCAAUACGCUUAUCGAAGAUUGCCUCCAAAUUGGUCAGGAAUAUGUUAAGUUGGGUACAUUAGGCCCUUGUUCUUUCUACUACCCCAAAUUCAGGGAAAUAAGUUAGGAAUUAAGGUAUAUGACGACUUGAUUAGGAAGAGGCGGUCCGUUGAUUCCGCAUUGAUUGCUGGAAGCUCCCAAGUUGGGGGGGGCUCAAGAGUGGCUCCCUGUGUAAUUGCAUUAGUCCGACGAAUGGCUAAUCAAAUUGUACGCCAACGCAUGAUGGCAUUAUAUCAACCGGUAAAAGCUGAGGAUUGGGGGCCAUAAGGCUCUCAAAAUGCUUUUAAGGGGGGAGAACCUUGUUAGAAUAAAGACCAAAUACUUGCCUAUUAUCCCAGCUGUUUUUCCCAUAUAUAAAGGUAUAGCAAGACAAUCAAUCAAAGAGGCCCAACAGCAAGGAGGCCCAGCAGAUGUAUCCCAUUACCCCUACCCCUGGACCCUGGAAAGGCAAUCAAUCAAGGGGGCCCAACAGAUGUAUCC